AUGAUUGGGGAAAACCAGAUUCGUUAUCGAUCUGCUAACUACAGAGGAGCUUUAAUAAAGAAAAAGAGCAUAUCAUUUUUCCACUACAAUGUCCUAUUAAUGGAUCUUCAAAGCCUGGAAAGUGGUUUCCAUUGUCAGAAAAUAUACGUUAAAAAGGUGCGUUAUACUCUUUUAUAUUUUCCAGUACCAGAACUAUGGGCAGCAAUCGAUGAGGUGGAAACAGAUGUGGUGGAAAUUGAAGCCAAACUUGACAAGUUGGUAAAACUAUGUAGUGGGAUGCUAGAAGCUGGCAAAACCUACCUUACAACUAAUAAGCACUUUGUAAGCGGCAUCCGAGACCUGUCUCAGCAGUGUAAGAAGGAUGAAAUGAUCAAGGAAUGUCUGGAUAAAUUUGGGGACAGCCUGCAAGAAAUGGUUAACUACCAUAUGAUACUUUUUGAUCAAGCACAACGGUCGGUGCGACAACAGCUGCAUGUCUUUGUCAAGGAAGAUGUCAGGAAAUUCAAAGAAUCAAAGAAACACUUUGACAAGGUUAGGGAAGACUUGGAUAUUGCUCUGGUGAAGAAUGCACAAGCACCGCGCCACAAACCACAUGAAGUGGAGGAAGCUACGGGUACUCUUACCAUCACAAGGAAGUGCUUCCGGCACCUUGCACUAGACUAUGUUUUACAGAUCAAUGUCUUGCAAGCCAAAAAGAAGUUUGAAAUCCUGGAUGCAAUGUUAUCGUUCAUGCAUGCGCAGUAUUCCUUCUUCCAGCAAGGAUACAGUCUACUAAAUGAACUCAAUCCCUACAUGAAGAAACUAGCCUCUGAGUUAGACCAGUUAGUAAUUGACUCGGCUGUAGAGAAGCGAGAGAUGGAGCACAAGCAUGCUAUAAUCCAGCAAAGAACGCUUCUUCAGGACUUUUCCUAUGAUGAUUCUAAAGCUGAGUUUAAUGUUGAUGCUCCUAAUGGGGUUGUUAUGGAAGGUUACCUCUUCAAGAGGGCGAGCAACGCAUUCAAGACAUGGAAUCGGAGAUGGUUUUCUAUUCAAAACAGUCAGCUAGUUUACCAGAAGAAAUUAAAGGACGUUCUCACUGUGGUGGUUGAGGAUUUGAGACUCUGCACUGUGAAACCGUGUGAAGAUAUAGAGAGACGAUUUUGCUUUGAGGUUGUCUCACCCUCCAAGAGCUGUAUGCUUCAGGCGGAUUCUGAGAAGCUCAGGCAGGCCUGGAUACAGGCUGUACAAGCGAGUAUAGCAUCUGCGUACCGGGAGACGCCAGAUAAUUAUUAUAUAGAGAGGCUCGACAGGACGGCUUCCCCCUCUACGAGUAGCAUAGACUCUGCUAGUGAUUCACGGGAACGUAGUGUGAAAGGGGAGACCAUCCUACAGAGGGUGCAAAGUAUUGCAGGGAAUGACCAAUGCUGUGAUUGUGGGCAGACGGAUCCCCGCUGGGCCAGCAUCAAUCUGGGUAUAACCCUUUGCAUAGAAUGCUCUGGGAUUCACAGGAGUUUGGGUGUACACUUCUCUAAAGUUCGGUCCUUGACAUUGGAUUCCUGGGAACCGGAAUUGCUAAAGCUGAUGUGCGAGCUGGGAAACAGCACCAUUAACCAAAUCUAUGAGGCAAAAUGUGAACAACAGGGCCUGAAAAAGCCAACGUGUGGUUGCUCUCGACAGGAAAAGGAGGCUUGGAUUAAAGCCAAAUAUGUUGAGAAAAAAUUCUUGAAAAGGUUGGGGAGCGUCAUAGUAGAAAAUGAAAGAAAACCUCAGAGAUGGAGUAUGAAGAAAUGUCAGCGCAACAACAGCACCACCAAAGUGCCCUCGGCUCGCAGGAAGUACAGACACGAUGCAGGAAGUGCGUCACCUGCCAUGCGUUCCUCAGCUGCCACCCUGGAGCGUAAAUUUCGCCGGGACUCUCUUUUCUGUCCCGAUGAACUGGACUCCCUCUUUUCCUACUUUGACACGGGUGCUGGGCCACGUAGUGCCAACCAGCUGCCUGCGCAGCACCCCUUGCCAGCUGCACCCUGGACUGGCAGUGGCGCUGAGCCCGGUGGGAGCGGUAUGCCGUUCCACCCGGAAGGAGGUUUGAGCAGUGACAGCGGACUUGGGGGCAGCACAGAUGGCAGCAGUGACAUUCUAGUUUUUGGCUCUGUGGUGGACAGUGUCACAGAGGAAGAAUGUGAAGUGUCAGAAGAUUCCAGUGGAGAGUUAGAGACGGAACCGGAGCCCUCGGACCCAGAGGACCUGCGGGAGCUACACCCAGGCUUGCUCAUGUACAAGGCAUCUUGUGCCAGGAAUUUACCUAUUAUGGCAGAAGCUCUGGCUAACGGUGCCAAUGUAAACUGGGUGAAUGAUGAGGAUGAAAGCAAGACGCCACUUAUCCAAGCUGUGAUUGGGGGUUCACUCAUAGCGUGCGAGUUCUUGCUGCAGAAUGGGGCAGAUGUGAACCAAAUUGACAUGCGGGGACGAGCACCUAUCCAUCAUGCCACAUAUCUGGGACACACUGGUCAGGUUUGCUUAUUCUUGAAGAGAGGAGCCAAUCAGCAUGCAGUAGAUGAGGAUGGGCAAGAUCCCUUAAGCAUUGCUGUGCAAGCAGCCAAUGCAGAUAUUGUCACAUUGUUACGACUUGCCCGGAUGAAUGAGGAGAUGAGAGAAGCAGAAGGACCAUUCGGGCAACCAGGUGACACCACCUAUAUGGAUAUUUUCCGUGAAUUCUCUCACAUGGCAUCUAACAACCCUGAGAAACUGAGCCGGAGAAGCGUUCAUUUCAGCCACUCUUGUAGAUAGUUGAGAAAGAGGACAAAAAAUUACUCAAAACACCCAACUUUGAAGAAGACUGGACAUUCCUUCUCUAGUAUAAAUACUUAUCAGAAGAGGCUACAUAUUGCCAUGGAGAUGAUGAAAAACCACUGACAAAUAUAAAAAAGUUCAAUAAAUUGGUCCUUGAUCAACUGUAGGUCAUGGAAGAGCUAUCAGUAGAACCUGGACAUAUGUUCAUCAGAUAUUCUACUGCACUACCACAUAACUCUACCUAAUGUCAAAGCACAAUGUUUCAGGAAGAUUUAUAAACCUACGGAAAAACAUUAUCUAGUCCUCCAAAUUGCUAUAUUGCUGCACUUAUUCCCAAUUGGGAAAAACUGAGAAUAUCUGAGCUACAUUUUUCAUUGCUAGACAGAGGAAAGUUGUCCUAAAUAUUUAACUUAUUUGUGUGUGUUUUUUUUCCCCAUACAAAAGUGAUCAGACUACAUUGUAAUUACAGUUUUGGUAGCAUCGCCACUUGGAACAAUAUUGUGUGUGGUUUUAGUUGUCAAAAUCAAACUUUAAUAAUUCAGAUAAAGAUUGCAAUUUUAAGCAACUUUCCAGUUUACGUCUGCACUACUGAGAGCUAGCUGGUGAUUGGUGGAUGCACAUAUAUGCCUCUUGUCAUUAGCUCGCCCAUUGUGUGCAGCUAGCUCACAGUAGUACAUUGCUGCUCAUUUAACAAAGGACGCCAAAAGAAUGAAGCAAAUUUGAUCAUACUUGUAAAUCAGUUGUUUAAAAUUGUAUGCACUAUCUGAAUUGUGAAACAUAAAUUGUAGGUGUCAUGUUCCUUUAAAGGUAGGUGUACAGUGCAUCCUGAUGCUACCUUUGGAAGGUUCAUAAUCUAGUACAGUGUACCAGGUAGCAUAUGAUCACUUUAGCUACUAGAUUUCAGAAAUCCAGGUUUGUUUGUUUUCCCCCCAUGGUAGGACGUGCUAUAGUUCUGUAGUUCACAAUAAGCUCUUCUCUGUAAUGUAAAAUCCAGAUUGCUGCUGUGUUUUUAUGUUCACUGUUCUAUAGAUAGUAAAUCUAUGCCAGAAAAUUGCAGAAUUUAGGCCAGAAUUCAAUGCCAUCCCAGCUCCAGAAAAUUCAUACUUUUCUAAAAAAAAAAAAAAAGUCAUACUUAAACUGAUACAUAUGUUUCCAAUUAUAUAUAUAUAUAUAUAUAUAUAUAUAUAUUUUUGUAAAAGAUUUCUAAAUAUAGUCCACAUACACAUGCUGAUCAGUGUUGCUUACAGGGACAGUCUACUCCAAUUUUUUUAUUGUUUUAAAAGAUUGAUAAUCCCUUUAUUACCCAUUUUUACAUAACCAACACUGUUUUAAUAUACUUUUUACCUCUGUGAUUACCUUGUAUCUAAGCCUCUGUAGACUGCCUCCUUAUUUCAGUUUCUAUUGACGGUCUUGCCUUUUAGCUAAUUAGUACCCUCUCAUAAGUAACUCCACGGGCGUGAGCACAAUGUUAUCUAUAUAGCACACAUGAACUAACGCCCUCUAGCUGUGAAAAACUCGCAUACCUUCAAAAAAAGAGGUGGUCUUCAAGGGCUUAAAAAUAGCAUAUGAACCUACCUAGGUUUAGCUUUCAACUAAGAAUACUGAGAGAACAAAGCAAAUUUGAUGAUAAAAGUAAAUUGGAAAGUUGUUUAAAAUUGCAUGCCCUAUCUGAAUCAUGAAAGUUUUUAUUUUGAUUAGACUGUCCCUUUUAUUACAACUGAUAAAUUAAACUCCAUCUAAAAUACUGCUAAGAUUCCAGAUCUGUUUAUAAAAAGGGGGAAGUUUUAGGCACUAGUUUUGCCUCUUUGCUCUGCGGCAGGUCUAUAUCUGUAACAUUAAGAUCAGGGAGGAAAACAAUACUUCCAGAAAAUUCUGCUUUUAUAUGGAUUUUUUUUUAACCCUUUAGCUGCAACACGUAACUAUUUAUUACAACUCCACCUGGCAGCGAAGGAGUUAAUACGCAUUCUUGCGUUAACUCUACCGCAUACAUUGAUAUGGUUUUAUGAUUAGGCCUUUAGUAAUGAACCUUAUCAGGGAGUCUUGUCAUUGACUUAGUGUGUUAGUUACUGACUCUCACGUAACAUGGCAACAAAUCAAUACUAAUAAUGGCGCUUACUCCUUUUGAUAGCUCAGAAUUUAAACGUGUUUUACACACAGACAAAUUGUCUACAAUAGCACCACAGCUUACCAAUAUUCCACUCUAUUUUUAAAAUGGUUAAUAUGUGAGUUUUACAAUGAUCCUUUCAGGUAUCUCUUCAUUUAAUCUUCUGUAUACUUUAGUUUGCGUCUUGAUUUUAAGAAUAUGAUUUUGUCUUUAUGGGCUUUUUACAGUAUUUUGCAUAUCUCCGGUUUUCUGGCUGGCCCAGAAACAAGAGAAACUAUUAUUAACUCUAUGUUUGCUGGAAGGAGGUUGUAUAUAAGAUUCCCUUGCUGGAUUGUUUACACUUUAAAUUACCACUAUUAUGUGACAAUGUUGCUGGGAAUUUAAAUCACUGCUAAGGAACCGAUUCUUUUUGAGGUAUACGAUGAAUAGAUUGCUGGACAUAAUUCUAAUAAUAUUUAGUAAUUUGACAUCGGAAGACAGAAUAAAGGAAUUUUACAUGAGUGGUCGGGUGUGAUGUGAAAUAUUGCUAUACAUAUACUCCUAGAUCAGGGGAUAGCAGAAUUCCAUAUGGCUUAGUACAGAUUAACAUAUUGUAUACAUCUUAUAACAUGAAUAUAGCACAUUCCUUCAUAGUCUGACAACAAUGAGAAAUCUUAUCAGUUGUUCUUUUAUGUCAGAUCAUAGUUUUUACAUAAAGCAGUCUUCUGCUUGUUUAAAGGGAUAUUGUACUACAUCAUUUUCCAUAUGAAAGAGCUUUUAAACUUGACUUGUUUUUGGCCUGAAAAUGUAAAAAUAACUAACAUAAAUAAUUUAAAUUUGAAAUGAAACAAAUACUGCAGCAUAUGCUAAUGAAAACUUUAUUAACCAAUACAGAUUUGCAGGAAGCCAAUGAGCAUUAGAAGCAAGCCCAGAGUAUUCUAAGAGUAUUAGCAAAAAGUAUACAAGGGAUAUUGUUAUAUUAGCUUCUUUCUACAUUUAAAGGGACAGUCUACACCAGAAUUUUUAUUGUUUUAAUAGAUAUAUAAUCCCUUUAUUACCCAUUCCCCAGUUUUGCAUAACCAACACAGUUAUAAUAAUAUACUUUUAAACUCUGUGAUUAUCUUGUAUCUAAGCCUUUGCAAACUGCCCCUUUAUUUCAGUUCUUUUGACAGACUUGCAGUUUAGCCAAUCAGUGCCUGCUCCCAGAUAACUUCACGUGCACGAGCACAGUAUUAUCUAUAUGAAAUAUGUGAACUAACACCCUCUAGUGGUGAAAAACUGUUAAAAUGCAUUCUGAAAAGAGGUGGCCUUCAAGGUCUAAGAAAUUAACAUAUGAACCUCCUAGGUUAAGCUUUCAACUAAGAAUACCAAGAGAACAAAGCAAAAUUGGUGAUAAAAGUAAAUUGGAAAAUUGUUUAAAAUUACAUGCUCUAUCUGAAUCAUGAAAGUUUAUUUUGGCAUAGACUGUCCCUUUAAGCAGCUUUUACUUCACAAAGAUUACCUCAAUAUGUUUUACUGUUAACCAGGGCCGGUUUGACCUACCAGGAGAUUUCCCAGUGGGCUGCAUUAGCUGGGGUUGGAAAACUAUCAUUUAAAGAGGUGAUUAAUAGAUCAAUUAGGUUAUAGGGUUGCUCUAUAACAUCAAUCUGACAUUUUUUACUUAAUAACUAUUCUGAAAUAAAUAUUGGGGAAGGAGUGUCCCAGUAAUCCUAGAAAAAUGAGGCAUGUGCAUUCUACCAACUCAACAGAAAUCAGGGCUGCUCUUCAUAUUUUUCCAGGGCUGCUUUUUAUUCCAAGUCCGGCCCUGCUGUUAACCUUUUAUAUGGAUAAUAGAACAAAAUGGAGUGCAUAUCCCUUUAAUGCUGAAUAGCUGUCCAAUAAUAUUACGUGAAAGAAAAAUUCUCUUACUAUGUUAUAUUGGAAAUAAAGUAAUAUUGUUCACUUCUCUCUAUUCUCUAGAUUUCCUUAAACCUCAUAAAGUCUACCCUCCUUCACAAGGACCCCUCCAGUUUAUGCUGCAUAUUGUGUAAAGCAUGGCUUGCUAUGUAUUGUACAACUAUCUAAACUGUUUAAUUAUUUGUGUUGAAUAAAAGUUAAGUUUGUGAGGAUAUACCGGUAUAUUCCUUGCAACCUGGUGACCCAUUUGCUACAGUUGGAGGCUUUAAGAAGCAAGUGGGUUGUCAUAAAUGAUUGAAUAUUAUGUACAGAAAGUCCUUUAUUUACUAUGUAAUAUAUCAAAUAGCAAAAUGUGUAUUAUUUAAUAAAGAUAAAUGGUAUAGUGAAUACAAUAAAUGAUAUCAAAAACAAACAA